UUGUGCAGUGUUCGCAAUUCUCCCGUGACCGGAGUCCGAGUCCGAAAAGAGUGUUGGGGGAAAUUUGCAUCCCGGGACGUCGAAAGUUACAGUGCCUUUUCCCCGUGAACCGCAUUGGUGUCCGGCUGCGGCUGUUGAGGAGGAGGCUGUUCCGCAAGAAGUUUCGUUUCCCACAGGCACACGAAUAUUCGCACAAAAUGGCACAGAUCUUAACAAGCAUAGACGACUGGUACAGAGACCUGAUGGACAAUCAGAGCGAUCCCCGGGUCGCCGGUUGGCCGAUGAUGUCCUCGCCCUUUCCCACUCUAGGCCUUUGCGUAUUUUAUGCGUACUUUAGCAAAUCGCUAGCACCAAAGCUGAUGGAGAAGCGGAAACCAAUGGACCUUAGGAAUACGCUAGUAAUUUACAAUCUCUUCCAAACCAUCUUCAGCACCUGGAUAUUCUACGAGUACUUGCAAAGUGGCUGGGGAGGACACUACAGCUUCCGCUGCCAACCGGUCGACUACUCGGACAGCCCAAUGGCGCUACGGAUGGCCCGGACCUGCUGGUGGUACUACAUCUCGAAGUUCACCGAGUUCUUCGACACGCUGUUCUUCAUCCUGCGGAAGAAAACGCAGCACGUCUCCACGCUGCACGUCAUCCACCACGGCUGCAUGCCGUUCUCGGUGUGGAUGGGCAUGAAGUUUGCACCGGGUGGGCACAGUACGUUCUUCGCUAUGCUUAACUCGUUUGUACAUAUUGUGAUGUACUUCUACUACAUGGUGGCCGCCCUGGGCCCCAAGUACCAGAAGUUCAUCUGGUGGAAGAAGUACCUCACGGCAUUCCAGAUGGCACAGUUCGUCGCCAUCUUUACGCACCAGUUCCAGCUGCUGUUCACCGACUGCGACUACCCGAAGGGUUUCAUGGUGUGGAUCGGGCUCCACGGUAUCAUGUUCCUGUUCCUGUUCUCCGAUUUCUACAAGCAGGCGUACAACAAGCGGGCGCUCGGGCGCGCCAAGCGGGAAGCGGAAUUGAAAGCACACGCCAACGGCAAGCUGCUCCACCACGGCGAUGUGGCCAACAACAAUCAGGGUGCCUGCAUGCCCGUCUUUAACGAUGAUGACGAGCUUCACCAGCGGAAGGUGACCGCCAACGGAAUCUAUCUGAACGGGGGUGCCAAAACGGCGAAUUCCUACAGCAAUGGCAAUUCGAACGGUUUUGUCGAAUCGAUCCAGCAAUCGAACGGUGGCAUCGGCGAGAACGGUGGAGCGCGCGUCCGGAAGAUACAAUAACCCUAGCGACAGUGGGGGUCAGCCAUCGAUGGUGGUUAGCAUCGUCGGCAUCAUCACCAUCAUCACCAGAACGUCACCCAUUCAUCAUAUACUCAACGGUGAUCGAUCAAUCGACACCAGCAUCAACACCGGCCACGCGGGACCUCACGCGGCUGCCGCCUUCGCCGCCCCACCUUUAAGCUCCAAGACGCACCGUUUCCGCCUUCCGGUGGACAGGGUUGGUGAAAUUGUUUAUUUUUAGUACGAUAUUGUCUAAAGAUGAGUUCAGUUUCCCGGCCCGCCCGGAUGCGGCAGAAGCUCUUCUGUCCGAACCACGACUGCAUGGCCGCAUCCUGUUGCUGCGUGCCAGUUUUUAUCGCCACGGCGCGCGUAAUUCGAGGACGACAAGUGGAGUUGAUGCCAUCACUCCUAUCCGCAGAUGGACACCACUUCGGACGGCGACAAUGGAAAGCUUUGACGUACCGGCGGUAUACGCGAUCGGAACGCGCGGGGAACACAGUCGGGGACUGAGGGGGGAAUGUACGAAUCGGCGCGCCCAGUCCACGUGUCCGGAUGUGCAGGACGCUUUGAGAUGGGUUACUUUUAUUUUGCAUUCUUUUACGUAGCUCGAAGUAAGCUCCGGUUCGUCCGAGGUGCGAAACACGUUGCCCACACGCCCAGCGUUGGUACGACGUCACGUUGGCAGGUUCUUGAAAUGUGACCGUCUACUGCUCAGUGCGGCAGCGAGAACAGCAGAUGGCUUAAUGUGGUGUGUGGUUUUUGUUUUUCGAUUAAGUUUAUUUUUCCCCCCUUUUGUUUAUGUUGUUUUAGCAGACAAUUGUACAGCGAACAAGAUCUUGUAGGCAGUGAAUCAAAGAGCAGAUAAUGAGGUAGAGUGAAGCUAUUGAAAAUGGAAAAAAGAUGAUAUAAAAUAGUAGUAGCGACGAGAGGGAUCAAGGUGACGACAAGACAAAAAUCGAGAUGUUAGAACUAGAACAACAGGAAAAUUCUAUUUACGUUUGAAAGCGAAAAACCAUAGGUAAUACUGUAAUAAAAGUUGCAAAGUCGAACUAUAACACGAAACGAAACUGACAAAAACAAACCUAUCAAUGUAAUGUGAUUGUUUGUGGAACCUUCCACAGUUUACCGUUUGUACAGCUGUAAUUUCGAUAUACAAGUGAGCGGCGAUGGUUUGGCUGAGCCGAGAGUCAGAACUCGCAGAUUGGUAGCGUUUUUAAGAAAAGCAUUUGUACGGAGCGGAGCACAGAACGAUCGAAAGCGUAAUAAGCGUGUGUGUCUAAGAAGAUUGCUUCUCCCACUAGCGGAACCGAAUCCGGGUGUAAAUGUGCUUACAGUGACAAGAAACCAAACAAAAACACUGCUUCUGUGGUUACUUUUGGAACAGUUUCGUUCGGCUGAUGCUGCCGCGCACACCGCUUCAAGCCCUAGAGUGUGCGAUGCCCUCGAAAGGGAGCCUCCACUAUCUGUUGCUCAAAUUUAGACAUUAUUUCAACCGUACUGCACUAUGUAAAGCCUACCAAAAAUCGAAGAAACGCAUACAUCAAACCCAUGUGAAGCUGGUUUACCGUCACAGGCCGGGCGUGCAUACAUUUCAUAGUGCUUUAAGUUAGCUUCCUCCUUAUUAGCCGGGUGACAGCCAUUAUGUUUUCCACUUUCUUUGGCCUAAGUAAGAAACUGUGGGUGCCAACGUCCCCGACGAUGUGACAAGAAGAUGUCAUCGGUGAUGGUUUUUAUGACAUAUCGCGGUUUAAAUCAGUAAGAAGCGAAAAGCAAACGUAACUUCACGGCUAGAGUUAGUAGUAAGAUCUGUGAGAAGACAUUUUUCACUCAUUUCUUUUGAAUCUUCUUGGCCCAAAAGUUGGUGCCUUUUGACGUGUUUGACUAUUUCACUACGAUAGGACGACAGUGAACACAGCGAGCUUUUAAAAGAUGUCGUUGCUUCCCACCACCGCGUUGUGCACGUUUCAGUGAUAGCCAGCAUAGAAUGCGUGCCUGCAGUGCUUGAUGCAUUUGCCAAAAGCGGCAAAUGAUCGGCACAGGGCCAACAUUUAUAGUCUAACCGAAGAAAGGAACAAAGCGAGACUGAGGGAUAGAUUUGUGACAAGAUUGAAUCUUCUGUAAUAGUUCCUCCGCAGCGGACAGAAAGAGGAAACAUGCUUUUUUGAAAGAGUACUGUACAUGUGCUUCUUGAAAACUAGAGAUGGCGCAAUGCGUACCAAAAAUAACUAAACAGACCUGUGUACGAAUCACCCAACAAAUAGGGACUGCAAUAAACGAUAGAAUCCGGUUUACGCCGGCACACGGUGCACAUUCUCAGACAACGCGGAUUUGCGAUCGCUUUUACAGCGUUAAGAUUCAGAACUUCGUUUUCAUUCAUCGUCCAUUGACAGCGUUUAGAGAACGUUUAACAUGUACCAUGGCGUUUCUUUUGUUUUCUACCAUUUUUGUAGAAUGGUUCAGUUUCUUCGCGUGCGCAUACUUCCCUGGCUUUAUUUUGCUUAAUUGUUUCUGCUACGAGAGACAGAAUAAAAAGAAUGAAAUAGGAGCAAAACUGCACAAGAUAUGACAAUCUCCGUUCCGUGUUUUUUCGCUCUCGGGAUGCAUGGACAGGCAUGGAUUUUGAACCUUUUUCUCGAAAGCUGGAAGCUUUACAAACUUUAGUUGUAACGAGUAGUUGCGUGCAUUGUUGUAAAUUACAAACCUGAACUUUGAUAUGAACCAGAACUGGAAGCAAGCAAAAGGAGAGUACACGCUAGAAACAGUACAGCAGAGUUUAAGGUAAAGAAGGAAAAUGGAAACUAAAAAGGGAAACAAACAAAUGGAAAAUAUAAAGAAGUAGUAGUAGUACUUGAAGAAGAAAACACACAUCGGGAUGGAUUUAAAAAUAAAGAAAAGUCGUA